AUGAAAGUAUCUUACUCGAUUAAUGAUUUACUAUGUUUUCGCCAUGAAUGUGUUUUUUACGGAGUAGAUGUACUGGAUCUACUUCCUUUGCCCCCGUAUCAGCAGAUCCUAUUGGAUGAACUGCCUUAUCGGUACACAAGGGCUAGUGAUUGCCCUAAAUCAUCACGAUUGCACGGGAAGUUGAGACUAAUUCCUCCGUCCUCAUAUAUUGUAAAAAUCAAUGGCGAAGUGAGACGUGAUACUGUCGUUUAUUUGUGUGCUCAAAUGUAUGAGGGCGCUGAUGAUGACGGAAUGGGAGAAUACGCAAACUCUUAUUGUGCAGAUAGCCAUGGAAAGGUUGGAUAUAAUGAAGCUGGCUACGGAACUACUGGAACACCAGACCCAGAGCUCUUCCAGUCACUCCCAUCACUCUAUGAAGAACUCCAGGUGGAUCUUCUCACAUGGAGGUCGCUUGUAAGCACGGCCCUUGUUGAUUUCUAUGGAUUGGUUGGUCAGGCUCGACACUUUGACAUCUUGACACACGAAAAGACCCGUCCAGGUCUACAGAGCAUCAUCCGAAUUCAGAAAGAAGACGUUGACGUCUUCUGUACCAGCAUCAACAAUUAUAGCUUCGGACUCGGUGAUUAUUUCGGGUCGAAGUAUACGAUGAACGGACGUGUGGUUGUAGCCGAGCAGCUGGCAUUUUUGGGCAUGGUUUCGCCUAUGGCAACCAGAUAG